UUGGAAUAUCAACCAAUUGCUUAUCAGAUCACUUAAAUAACAAAUCACUGAGAGCAGAUCGGCAAAUGCGUCACAUUAUAGCCAGUGAACAAAAAGCAGAGGCGGGGACUUUUUGUUUGAAUUGGGCAUAAAAAUCGCUGGGGCAGAAUUUCAACAAUCAUUUUUUGAUAGAAAAGGUAAGCGUGUUUUGAAGAUGUCUGGACGUGGCAAGACUGGUGCUGCAAAAAGCCGUUCAAGGCCUAAGACGCGUUCAUCCCGAGCUGGUCUUCAGUUCCCCGUCGGUCGUGUACAUAGAUUACUACGAAAGGGCAAUUAUGCUGAGAGGGUUGGUGCUGGUGCCCCGGUUUAUUUAGCAGCAGUACUUGAGUAUUUAACUGCUGAGAUUCUGGAAUUGGCCGGUAAUGCUGCUCGUGACAACAAGAAAAACCGUAUUAUUCCACGACACCUACAACUGGCCGUACGGAAUGAUGAAGAAUUGAAUAAAUUGCUGGGAAGUGUUACGAUCGCGCAAGGUGGUGUUCUUCCGAAUAUCCAAGCAGUGUUGCUUCCUAAAAAGAGUGGCUCAGCAGCGCCCACACCAAGUAAAUCUGGCAAGAAGGCUUCUCAACAGUCGCAAGAAUAUUAAGUCAAUAACUGAAACCCCCCAAAGGCCCUUUUAAGGGCCGCUUAGUAGUCUUCAAAAGAUCUGUUUUUGUUCUACUCUUCAUUGAAAUAUCUUCGUUUACCAUUUUGUUUUAUUUAACUAAUAAAAUGUCUGGUAUAAAA